AUGCCCGGCUGUCCACACUCCUUCAUCCUCCCGGCUGCCCUCUGCACUGCGCCUGCUCAUUCCUUCUUCAAUGUCAGCGGCUGGCCGGUCGUGGACAAGGGCCUCUCGGCGCUCGAGCUGAGCCAACUCCACCAGUACAAUUUGCUGGUGAACACCGUGACCCGCCUGUCGGAGGAGGCCCAAAAGAGUGGCCUGCCGAAUACGAUUCUGUCGCGCUUCCGCAAGGGCGACUAUGACAGCAGCGACACGGAUGAAUUUUUCGAUGUUCGGCCAAUUCUCACCGGCUUCGCGGCCAACAUCAUGUGCUCCGGGGUCUUCGUGGCUGGCAUCCAUGAGCAAACGGUCUUCCGCGAGGAUGUCGACCUGGUCCGGCUCUUUGUCACGGUGACCGUGGACUAUCAGGAGAAGUCGGUCACGGCCAAGUUGCGGGUCGGCAAGGAAACCGCCAAGUCCAUUUACCGCCCUGGUGUCGGCUGCACCAUCGUGACGGGGGAUGAGCUUUUCGAGCUGGUCAAGAACGAGGACCUCGGCGAUUUGACACCCAAGGAGUACCCGGACGAUCGGUACCACCAGUGGCCCGAAGGGGAGAUGGUCCUCUCGCAACCGGACAUCGAUGUGAACCUCCGCAAGCUGAAGCGCAUCAUCAACUCGGACUUCAUGAGUCUCUCGCACAACCCCCGUGCGGUGAUCAUCGUCCACCGGGGCCGGAUCAUCCACGAGCAAUAUGGCAAUCGCGGGGGGAUCGGCCCGCAGACCCUGUUCCUGGGCUGGUCCAUGACCAAGACCGCCACCAACAUGAUGCUCGGCUCGGCCCUCUACCAGGGGCACAUGAAUGUGGAUUUGGACAAUGAUCCGAUCGACGUGCCCGAAUGGCAGGCCACCCCGGGGGACGUGCGCCGCCGCAUCACCUGGAAGAAUAUGCUGACCAUGAGCAGCGGCAUCGAUUGGUUCGAGAUUUCCCGGUCACCCGAGUGCCUGUUCCAGACGUCGGACUGCGCGCGCAACUAUGCCGGCGGCCAGCAGGCCUUCGCCCCGGGGCUCAUUUACUCCUACUCCACCGGCGGCUCCACCCUGCUGGCUCGGACCAUCUUGCAAAAGGCCCGCCCUGCCACCGGGCAGACGCCCCACGAGUAUGCCCUGCGGAAUCUCAUCGACAAGGUGGGCAUGCGCCGUCAGGCCUUCGCCCCGGGGCUCAUUUACUCCUACUCCACCGGCGGCUCCACCCUGCUGGCUCGGACCAUCUUGCAAAAGGCCCGCCCUGCCACCGGGCAGACGCCCCACGAGUAUGCCCUGCGGAAUCUCAUCGACAAGGUGGGCAUGCGCCGUGUCGAGUGGGAGGCCCACCCGCCGGGCUACAAGCUUGGCGGGUCGGGGAUGUACGCACGCGCGCGCGAUUGGGCCCGCUUGGGGCUGGCGCUCAUGCGCGAUGGCCUGGUGGACGAAGUGGCUCCGGUGGGCGCGCGCGUGGUCGUCGACAGCGGGAAGCACUUUGCCGGGGAUGGCGACGCCACCGGCGGAGGGGACCCCGGGUAUGAUGGUCAGGCACGCAUCCUGUCCCCCCUGCUGGACAAGCUGAAGAACAUCGGAUCGGCCAUCGGCGGGGGGGCCCUGAAGCCGGGGACUCCGGUACCAUCGUCCCCGGCGCCCGAUGGCUCGCAGCCCAUCGGCAUGACGGUCACCAAGCGCAUCCUGCCCGAAGGGUGGUACAAGUACACGUGCACACCGUCCGAGUCGAACCCCUUCUAUGGGAAGCAUGUCAAGAUGGCCAUGAUCAAGACCACCGGCGAGCAGAUUUGCUAUGCCAAUGGCUUCCGCAAUCAGGACAUCGUCAUGAUCCCCUCGCGCGAGCUCAUCAUUGACAUCGUCAUGAUCCCCUCGCGCGAGCUCAUCAUUGUCCGCAUGUCCAUGCCGUCCUUCGCGACCUUCCUGUCGUGGAGCCGGAUGUCGUACAUCGAGCGCAUCGCCUCUUGCUUCCCCCGGGUACAUUGA